UUUGCGCGCGGGUGUCAUGGCGGCUCUCUAGUCAGUCUCGCUUCGUGUGUUUAUUAUUGAUCAUCAAGCGGAUUAAUUCUUCUUUAGGGGAUUUUUUGUAAAGUACUUCUUCAAUAUCAUCUGACUUAGUCGCGGAUGCGCUAACGUUAAACCUCUUCCGGGUUUGCAGAAACUGUUUCUUUACAUACAUGCUAAGUUAAGCUAGCAGCUGCGUAUGACGUUUUGAAACAAACACAAUGAGCACACAAUACAGUAUACUGUUCAAGCAGGAGCAUGCUCACGAGGAUUCGAUCUGGACAGCAGCAUGGGGCCGCAGUGAGAAGGACGGAUCUGAAACCAUCAUCACCGGGUCUCUGGAUGACUUGGUGAAAGUGUGGAAAUGGUCGGAUGAAAAGCUGGAGCUGCAGUGGACCCUGGAGGGUCACCAGCUGGGUGUCGUCUCAGUGGACAUCAGUCACAACGGGGCGAUCGCUGCCUCUAGCUCUCUAGACGCUCAUAUUCGGCUGUGGGAUCUGGAGACGGGCAAACAGAUCAAGUCCUUGGAUGCAGGCCCAGUUGAUUCAUGGACUGUGGCAUUCUCCCCGGACUCUAAAUACAUCGCCACCGGCAGCCAUCUUGGGAAGGUCAAUAUCUUUGGUGUGGAGAGCGGAAAAAAGGAACACUCACUGGACACCAGAGGGAAAUUCAUUCUGAGCAUCGCUUAUAGUCCAGAUGGAAAGUACUUGGCCAGUGGUGCUAUUGACGGAAUUAUUAACAUCUUUGAUAUUGCAACUGGGAAACUCCUGCACACGCUGGAAGGACAUGCUAUGCCCAUCAGAUCUCUGACCUUCUCUCCUGACUCUCAGCUGCUGGUUACGGCAUCUGAUGAUGGUUACAUCAAGAUAUACGACGUGCAGCAUGCUAGUCUGGCCGGGACUCUCAGCGGUCACGGGUCCUGGGUGCUGAGUGUGGCCUUCUCACCUGAUGAUAAACACUUUGUGUCCAGUUCGUCAGAUAAGAGCGUAAAGGUUUGGGACACCAGCAGCAGAACUUGCAUAAACACAUUCUUUGAUCAUCAGGAUCAGGUUUGGAAUGUUAAAUAUAACCUGACGGGCUCAAAGAUUGUUUCAGCGGGCGACGACAGAGCCAUCCAUAUAUAUGACUGUCCCAUGUGAAGAAUCUCUUAAGUACGCUCUUGAUGUCCUGCUGUUAAUGUUCUGUCCAACAGGUCUAGUCUGAGACCUCAAGACCACAGAAUUCAGGAAAGAUUUUUUAUUUCAUGGUUUCAUUGUCACCUUAAACAUCUGUGUAUACAAAUAAAUGUUUUUUUCCUAAA